CAAUUGCCAACGUCAGACGCGUUCGGAUUUACGAAAACAUUUUCAAUCAGUAUUCAUAUUUCAAAGCCCCUUUACAUAAGCCUAGGCGAAGUGAAAGUGAGUGAGAAAGCCAAAGGCAAUUGCAAAACUACAAGUAAAGAAAAAGUCGUGCAUUGAGCGCAGCUUUAACUUCCUGACCAAUCCAGCAUAGCUGUCAGAUACAGCACCAGCCAUGCAGGUCUUCGAUAACAAUAUGCGCCGUGCCUCGCGUCGCGCGUCACUGAGACGCGGCUCCAUUUCGGCACUGCCCCAAAAAUCGGCGGAGAUACCUUGGGAUAUAUUUGAGCGUCUCUUCAUGCCGUUCCUUUUCUGUCAGGCAGCUGCCAUUGUCAGCUCGCAUCUGCUGCAUGCGUUGGACAUAUCGCACAUCUCGACAUUUGCCGUAUUCGUUUGGUUUGCGCUGUCCACUGUGGGUGCCGUGCUGUUCUACCAUUUUGUAAAGGUUUCCGCAUCGGGUAAAGGUGUUUUAAUUACCGGCUGUGAGUCCCCCAUUGCCUGGUAUUUGGCGAAGAAACUGGAUGAUCUCGGCUUCACCGUCUACGCGGGCUUCAACACGCCCAUUGAUGAUACGAACGAUGAGGCAAAAAUUCUGAAGGAAGAGACCUCGGGUCGCAUGAAGCUUUUGCAUCUGGAUGUGACAUCGGAAAAAACGCUUUUGGAAGCGGUGCGAUACGUCACUCAGCACUUGCCGCAUGGCGCCGAAGGCUUGUGGGCUUUGGUGCACUGUGCUCACUGGAUAGCUUUGGGAGAACUGGAGUGGAUUCCAUUCGCAGUGUUGCGCAAAAGCUUGGACUUGAAUCUAUUGGGCUCGGCACGAUUGACGCAAAUCUUCCUGCCAUUGGUGCGUCGCGCUCACGGACGCGUUGUGUUCCUCACCUCCGGCCUGAGUCGGGUACCCUCUCCGGUGCGUGGCAUUCAGUGUGCCACACAGGCAGCCGUUGACAGCUUUGCCGCCUGUCUGCGUCAGGAAAUGCGCACCAGGGGUGUCGAUGUAUCCGUGGUGGCUGCUGGAGAAUUUGCGCCCGGCAACGGCUGGCUGAACGAGACGGAGCUGCGAGAGCAGGCCAAACAGAUGUGGAACCAACUAUCCUCGGAACAAAAGAAAACCUAUGGCGAAGACUACUACGAGGCGGCCAUGACAUCUGUGGAGAAGUACUCGAGACAGGCUGCCGAUAUUCAGCCCACGCUUCGCGUGCUCAUCGAUGCUGUGACUAGGACCUUCCCCAUGGCCCGCUACACACCCGUAACCGCCACAGAGAAGAUGCAAAUCUUUUUGGCCGAACACUUGCCACCCUCUCUGUACGAAUCUCUGUAUGGCGAGCAGAAGAAAUUCGUGGUAUAAGGCUCGAAAAUCCGUCGUUGGACCCACCUUCUAAUACAAGCGCCACGCAAACACUCUAUAUAUAUGUUAUGCAUAAAUUAUUUUCUCUUUUUGUAUUUAAAUUCAUUUUUCCCGCCAUCUUCUGUUGAGUCUAUCCGUGGAAAGCGCAUUUAAAUGAAGCAGAACGUGGCCAAUGAGCAUUUAGCGUGUUUUUCUUUUUCGAAACGCAAAGCAUAUGCAUAACUUGUUUUCAGUUUCUAGUGUUUAGCGCGAAUUGUAAUAUUUUUAAACGAUAAAUAAAGCCAACGGUCAAAUGAAAUAAAACCAACAA